GUCCAAAGCCAUUGCGGCGCUGCAGUCGCCGCGCCUAGGCGACCAGGCUCGUCAGUUCUGAGCAAGCCGACCUUUGUUGUUGCUGCUGGGAAGAGUCGCGGACUCCCUGCUCGCUGGGCUCUCUCUCUCUCUCUCUCUGCCAGUCGGCUGGCUGAAGCGACAUGUCGUCAAGAGCUUCGUUGAGGGCGGCGUCAACCGGCGCCUACGGAUCGCAGCAGGAUGGGCAGCAGCGCGCCGAAGGAGGUGCAGAUGAGCAGCGGCUGGUGCAGGAGGAGGGAAACAACCGACCCGCGGUGGCUGCUGCCGCCGCCAAGCCUGCUGCUGGUGCUGCUGGCGCUGCUGGUGGUGGUGACGCACUAGACGUGGAUGGCGCCCAGGACGCAUGGGGUGCCGGCGCGGCUCGGGAGGAGGAGGCGGAAGCGGAGGAGGGGGACCGGGAGGUGGCGGCUGCCGUGCGCGACGGAGGCGGCGGCGGCAGAAGCGGCGGCCGGGGCGGUAGGGGCCGCGGCCGGGGCGGCCGGGGUCGCGGCCGCGGCGCGAAGCCGCGCGGGUUUCCUGUGCCUGUGCAGCAGACGUGUGUGCGGCGGCUGGCGGAGCGGGCGGCCAUUGAGCUGAGCGUGGACGUGCUGCGAGAGGCGUCGCAGGGCUUCACCAGCAGCCUGGCCGCCACCGCCUCGGCCCUGCAACUGGGCUCCACAAGCUUCAAGAAGAAGGCGCGGCAGCUGGGGCUGUGCUUCUGGCCGUACCGGGCCUACCAGCGCCUCACCACACUCACCGACUCGUACAAGAAGGAGAUUGAGGACCUGGAGAAGGAGGCGGCAACGCUGCCGGAGCCGCCGCCGCCGCCGCCGCCGCCCGUGGCUGCACCGCCUGCCGCCGCGGCAGCGGCCGCAGCCGCAGGGCUGCCGCCGCUGCCACCGUCUCUUCUAGGCCUCCGGCUGCCGCCGCCGCUGCUUCCCGCGGGCUCGGCCGCAGUGGCGGGCUCGACCGCGCAGGCUGCGGCGCCGGUGCAAGCGAUGCAGCGGUUCCUGCUGUCGCUGCCGUCGGCGCUGGCACCCACCAAUCCGGCGGCGGUGCGGGCGCAGGAGGUGCGGCAGCUCAUUGCCGAGCUCAAGUCGCGCAUGGCGGAGUGUGAGGCCUGGUGGGCGGGCUUCGUGGCGGCGCCGUGCCGGGACGCGGGGUUCAAGCUGCAGAAGGACCCCUUCUUCCGCAAGAUCCAGGAGUGGACGCGACACACGUACAAGAAGACCCACCGCGAUAAGGUGCGCAGCCUCUGCGGCGAGGGCGGCGCCGCCGGCGGUGCGGCGGGUGGCGGCGCCGGCGGCCGCAAGAGGCGCCGCGGAGCCAGAGCCGCGGGCGACGACGACGACGGGGAGGAGGAGGAGGAGGAGGAGGAGCUAGACGGGCAGGAUGACAGCUCGGACAGCGAUGAGGGGGCGGCGGAGGAGUAUGACACCACCACGCUCUCGGAGGAGGAGCAGGAGCAGGAUGAGAAGGAGGAGGAGGACGAGAAGGAGGACGACGAGGCUGGAGAGUUGCAUGAGGCUGAGAGCGAGGAUGGCGAGGCUGGCAGCCGCCGCCGCGGCCGGCCACCGCUCAAGCGCCAGCGCCAGCCGCCGCCGCCGCCGCAGCCGCCGCAGCCGCAGGGCCAGCAGCCGCCGCUGCAGCAGCGGCGGCGGCAGCAACAACAGCCGCAGCCGCGGCGGCGGCCUGUCAUCCAUUCGUUUCCGUUGCCGAGCGCAUCGCGACGCGGCGGUCGCGCCACAGCAUCGCCCGACGCCGCCGCUGACGGCGCGGGCGGCGACGGCGGCAAGGGCAUCGUAGCCAGCACCGCCGCCGCUGCGGUGGAAGCGCCCGCGCCGCAGGCGGUGGCGAUGGCGGCGGCGGCGGCGGCGGCGGGCGGGAUGGGGUUCCCGCCGCCGCUUCAGCAGCAUCUGCAGGUGUUGGCGGCGGCGGCGGCGGAGGCGCCUGCCACAGCACCGGCUAGCGCGCUGGCAGCGCAGCAGCCGCAAUCUCAGCAGCAGGACCUGCAGGCCAGCCACCGCCGCCGCCAGCGCAUCCCUAUAACCGCCGCCGCUGCCGUCACUCCCUCAGCGGCGGCGCCGGCGGCUGCCGCGGGCACUAGGGCUGUGGCGUCGGCGGCUGCGGUGGCGGCUGCAGUGGCUGCGGGGACGAGGGCGGCGCUGGACAUCAGGCGGAGCCUGAGGGCCGCGGCGGCCGCAGCGGCGGCGUCGGCAGAAGUGCCAUGGGCGGCGGCGACAGCUCCGGUGACGGCGGAGGCGGAGGCAGUGGCGGCGGCGGACGAGGAGGCGUGGCAGGACGUGCGGGACGUGGACAUGGACGACACGGAGGUAGCCGCCGCAGCUGCGACGGCUGCUGAGGUGCCGCCGCCGCCGCCACCAGCAGUGGAGCCGCCGCUGCUGUCACCGCAUGCAGCAGUAGAACCCCCGCCACCACCAUCUGCUGCAGGGGUCUCGCCAUCCGUAUUGGCGGCGCCAGCGGCAGCUGGGGAUGCGUGCACUGGCGGCCAGUCGUCUGCGUGUGGCGUGCCACAGGUUAUUAGCUCUCUGACAUCCAAGCGGCGCCACAGCAGAGAGCAGGCGCAAGAGCAGCAGCAGCAAGCGGAGAAGGCAGAGGUGGAGCGACAGCGGCAGCAACAGCAGCAGCAACAGCACCAGCAGGGGCAGGAGCAGGAGCAGGAGCAGGAGCAGGAGGCAGUUGCAAGGCCAUCGUACUGCAGCCGUGGAAAGCGUGCUCGUUCCGGCUCGCCCGCUGCAGGCGCGGCCACUGCUGCAGCCGCUGCCGGCGAGCUGCCGCCGCCGCACCCGCCGCAGCUGCAGCCGCGCCGCAGCCCGCUCGGCGAAAUGGGCGCCGCCGGCGCUGCACCGCAGGUGGAUGAGGCCUGCGCAUACGGCGGCGGUGCCACGGCCGUGUGCGAUGACACCCACGACCUGCAGCAGCAGCACCUGCUGCAGCCGUCGCCGCCGCUGCAGCAGCUGCCGAGCCCCCAGCAACACCAGCACCAACACCAACACCGGCACCAGCAUCGGCAGGAGCGUGAGGAGGAGCGCGAGGGGGAUCGGAAGGAGGAGCAGGAGGAGGAGCAGGAGUCAUCAGCAGCCCCGCUAGCAGCGGCCACGCCCCUCCUGGUGCCAGCAGCAAAGCCGCCGCCACCGGCGGUCACGUCCAUGGCAAUCACCUACACACCGCUCUCCUCCUCCCUGGUGCAUGCCUCAACACGGGCGGCGCAGUCACAACCGCCACAACAUCUGCUGCCGCCGCCACCACUGCCGCGGGAGCUGCAGCCGCCGCCAGCACACUGCUAUCAGGCGCCGCCGCCGUCCCCGCCACCGGCGGCGCCUGCUGCUGCGCCUGACCCGCCGCCGCCAGGCCCGACGCCGCCGCCGGUCGCGCCUCCGGGGGCCGUGUUCCCGCUGGCGCCGCCGCGGCCGUCCGAUCCGCGGCUGCCGCAGCACCUGCUGGGCCCGCCGCUGCACCAGCACCAGCCUCAGCCUGUGGAGGAGCAGCAGCACCUCCAGCACCAGCAGCAGCCGGUAGCAGCACCUUCCGCGCAGACGGAAUCCUGCCUGCAGCCGCAGCCGGGCCAGCCGCAGCAGCAGCACCAACAAUCACCACACCACCAGCAGUCGCAGAACCAGCACCACCAGCCGCCGCUGCAUCCGUACCACCAGCACCACCAGCCGCCGCCGCCACCGCAAUCGCAGCAUCAGCACCAACCGCAGCAGCACCAGCAACCGCAAGAGCCGCUGCCGCCGCAGCACCCUUCUCUACCGCCACACCAACACCAGCACCCACACCAGCACCCGCCGGCUGCCUCGGCCGCUCCCCGCGAGCUGGUACAACAGCUGGCCGUGCUGCGUCACCGCGUGUCGGCUCUGGAGUGGGAGGUGCGGCAGCGUGACGGCCAAUUGAAGGAGGCUGCGCACGCAGCGGAGGUGGCGGCGCUCAAGAUCAAGGUGGCGGAACAACAGGCGGCACUGGAGCGAAUGGAGGUGGAGCGGCUGCGUCGGGAGCUGCAGCUGCUGCAGGAGCAGCUGUAGCUUGGGACGCGUGUUUGGAGCAGGCGAGGUUGUGUGUUUGGGUGUUGGAUUGGGGGCGUUGGUUUGAUGGGACAGGCACGGCGGUUCGUGGUGGAGUGGGCGGCGGUCAGGGUGUGGUUCGCGCAUGCCAGGUGAAACGGAGAUAGUGUUUUGAUGUAUAUUAGCCAGGCAGAUUGGUAGAUAGGAAAUUUGGGAGUAGCAGCGGCACAUACAUGGAGCACAGCAAACAGCAAGGUGCAAGGUGGGAACGACGUGAGACGCUUGCUUGCGGCGCCCCGUGGGGUGCCGCAAGCUUAUGCAAGCGGUAAGCGGAGCGAGGUCGUGAGCGAGGUGCACCACAACUCGGCAAACUCCUGCUAAUGAGAGCCGUCAUAGACCGACAGUAAACCAUCCAUGCACAUGCACGCAGUGCAAGGAAAUUCAAUUCAUCGAUUCGUUUUGGUGCCUUGCAUGGCGCCGCCUUGCGCAUGAGGUGAGGGCGCAUGGGCACGUUGGCGUCGGAGUGAGAUGUACAUGUGCGCCGUGCAGAAGACCGCCUUGAUGAUGAGGGAAGGUGUGUGGGCGGAGUGAGCGCUUCGGCCUUCGUGACAUCCCACUGGAUUCGGUAGAAGCCAUGCCAUGCCAGUGCAAUAUCGCCACGUGUACAUGGGUUGGCAAAUUUUGCAACAUGCACAUGAAUGCGUUGGGCAGAACUAGCAGUGGCGGUGAUAGCUGCUGUGAUACGGUACGGCCAUUUGAGCUUAUCUACUUAUGAGUGGGGCGGGCACGCAAACGAGGACCGUCUGAGCGUUUUAACGACACAAGCACAGAAUGCCAGUAUGGCAAUGUGUAUCAAAGCCA